AUGAUGUGGUCGACGCCGUCUUGCAUGUGCAGCGGCGGCCCGCUUCCAGGGUCACACUGCAGCGUCAUAGCCAUCCUCUACCCAGGAGAUCUGCUGAAGGCUGAGGGACAGGUCUGCAGGACCUCGAUCCGGCACAUCGACCCGCAUACCGGGAAACUGAAGCACCGCGACGAGGCCGUCCGCGUGCUGAAGCUAUUCCGCACGGCUGUCCUGGCCGAGCUGGGGCGUCCCGGUAGGAAGUGGGACGGGGCGCCGCCAUCACAAGCAGUGGUCGAGGACAGGCUUGCCGACUGCGACGACCCUAUCCGCGACAAAGUGCCGGGCACAGUGUCGGACGGGCAUGUCGGCACCGGCAUGCUUGCCGCGACGUCGUUCGGGUGGGUGGCCAAGCAGAUCGACCUGCUGACGGGCGACAAGGCUCGAAGUGCGGUGAGCAUCGAGAACAUCAAGGCAAAGGGUUUGAAGUCGCUCCGUGAUAGCAUGGUCGAGUACAUCUGCAAACGCGUCGCCGAAAAACGAUCUGCGGCGCCGACUUUAGGAGCCGUUGGAACCGCCGACAGUGCGAUUGAUGACGACGGCGCUGAAAGUCAGACGGCGCCCCAGGCAGCAGCUGCCGACCAGCACCAUGUGGACUUGCCGGUGUCCGGAGGAGGCGACGCCGCGGCAGGUGUAGGAGGAGGAGGAGGUGACGCCGCGGCAGGUGCAGGAAGGAAGGUUCAAGAUUCGGAGUCGUCGGAUUCGGACUCAGAGUCGGAGUCGGAGUGGGAGGAGGAGGACGAGGCGGCGAAAGAGAAGAAGGUCGAGGAGGAUCACGAAGAGGAGGAGGAGGAGGACGACGAGGACGAGAACGAUGAGGUGGUGGAGGUUGAGGAAGGGAAGGAUGAGGCGGAGAACGACGAGGAGGGGGUGGAGGCCGAGGUGCAGUACGAGCUGCAGUACGAAGACGGUACGGUUGUGGCGUUGGGGUCGGCGGAUGAAAAGAACGAGGAAGCGGAGGAUGGCGAUGCGGGUAAUGCUACGAGGUCGGCAGAAGAUGGGGGGAAGGAGAAGGAUGAGGUCGGCGCGGAGGCAACGACGGAACACGGCCAGGAGGAGGCGGCAUGCGAAGGUGCGAAGGUGUCGGUCGACGCCGGCGAAGGGGCGAACAUCACAGACAUGCAGGAGACGGCGGAAGCAUCUGGUCGGCAGGGCCCUGAACAGGUCGACGUCGAGGAACUGCUGCGGGAGAACUUGCUGUUGAGGGCGGAGAACGCUCGGCUGAAGGCGUUGCUCGAUGAGGAGCAGGCUCGGCUGGACGCGUUUUUUGUUGGGCUACGUGGACUCGUCGACCACCUGAAAGAGUUGGCCGAACAGAUCGACGACACCGACAAGUUUGCGGCGCACCAGCUGCGAAACGCGGCGGAGGCCAUGUCGCAGACCAUCACGGGCAACAUCACCGGCAGCUUCGACGAAGCGUGGAAGACGAUGAAGACAUUCGCGGAACAGGCGUCGGCGUGGUUGGAGGACUUCGUGUCAGAGGGUCGUGUGGCAUGUGCACGCGCUGAAGCUGUCGACGCCUUGGCCGAGCACGUGGAUGGGGUGGUGGGCGCUGCGAGGCGGGGUUUGGAGCUGUACAUCACGACGCAACUAUCCGCCGCGCAGGUCAACAUCGCCACCGCUGUGACCUCCAGGCUCCCCGUGCAGCCGCCGCCACCGCCUCAGCCCACGCCGCCCGCCCUCCCGGAAGAGCUCUUGAAGUCGUUCAAGGCCGACAUCAUGAAGACGGUGACGGAGGCCACCCAGCAGUCGUUCGUUGCUUUCGGGAUGAAGAUGUUGACCGAGAUGAUCGGCACGGUGGCGCCUGGUCGACGUGGGUCGUCGCCGUCGGCCAAUGACGCAGAUCAAGCGCAAAGGAGGGCGGCCGACAAGCAGGGCGAGAAGAGGACGGGCGACGGAGACGACAAGGAGAGCGUGAAGCGGAGCAAGGGAUCGGACGGGAGCCGCGGCACGAAGCCUCCUACUCAGAGCGUGGUCAAACAGCUAAAGUCGAAGGCGGGGUGGAAGGUGAUAAGGACGUCGAACAGCAAGGGAAGCGGAAGCGGAAGGCAGAGGGUGGCCCUGCCGACGGGUGGACCUCUGACAGGACCGUCCGUCGCGGUGGCGGCCAAGGGCAACGCGAAGGCCGCCUCUGCCAAGUCGAUCCCCCGUAAGUCCCCAGCGGCUACCCCCGCGCCGGCCGGCAAGUCAGGCGCCAACAACGAUGGGCCGGCCAUUGCGGCCCCUCCAGCUCCAGCAGCACCAACUGCCGACAAGGGCGACGCGACGGCUGCUGCGGCUAAGCCCGAAGGUCCGUCACCUGCUAAGGUGCCCGCCGGCAGUAACGCGCUCAGGGAGAUGCUCCGCCGCAUGGAUGCGGAUCGCAGGGACGUGCAGCAGCCUCCGGUGGCCGACGCCGCCCUUGCCGAUACAGCACGUCGCUCAGUCACUUCGCAGGUUGUCGGCAAAUCGACCGGUGCCCCACCUGCCGUGCCUCUAGUCGCCGCCCCACCGCACGCGGAACCCAAAUCCGCGUUUCUUCGCGCCCAUUUAGGCGCACGCAAAGCGGGAGCUCGACAAGUGACUCAGCCGGAACCCGGCAAAAGCGCGACGCCGACGUCGGUAAACGCGACUUCACCCACACCAGGUGCAGCUGUGGUCGAUGCUGCGGCGGAGAAGGGUGUGAGCGCGGCGCUAGCCACCGGCGGCCGAGCCGACAGGCAUGCCAACCUCGCUGCCGUUCUGGCUCAAUUUGAAGCAGCAAAACGCCCCGAGCAUGCCCCAGCACUGGCCAUCAUGGACACGGCACAUGCGGAGCCGUCGGGGACCCACGGUGGGGGUUCGGCGGAGCCGACGGCUGCAACGGCUGCUGUCGCCGAGGGAAAUGCGGGACGGAAGGGGAAGGACGACAACGGGAAAGGGAAGGCGGUCUCGCAGAGGAGCACGCGGGCGAUGUCGGCGGGGAAUGAGAUGUCGGAAGAGAAAGGGAAGAAGCCGGCACGGAAUCAGGACAAGACGGGCGGCAAACAUAAGCCGACGAAGAGGAAGGCGAAGGCGGAAGAGGAGGAGGAGGAGGAGGAGGAGGAGGGGGAGGAGGAGGAAGGGCAUGGACGCCGGGGUCAUGGCAUCCGCCGAGACAGGUCUGGCGACGGGCUUGGGUGGGUGGGCGAGAUCAAGAUUAAGGGCCAGAAUCGGUACAUCGGUAAGUCGCGCGAUGCACAAGAUGGAGCUGGCCUACGAGCACGCGAUUGCGUACUUGCUCUACGACGGCUACGUGGGUUCGACGAUAUACUCGGCAGGUACCGUGGGUACGCGAGCUCGGGUGAUGCGCUUCAUGACGUGCUCUGGCCGGCGAUAUGGAUCCCCAUCAUCGAAGACACGGAGGCAGGCAAGGCGGAGACAACCGCUCUCUUGUCGGCGAUGGUAAAUCGCGUGUCGAUGUGCGCGGCGUAUGGGAAGGUUGCGGCGAGCGUGGCGUUUGGGAAGGUCGACACGAGCGCGGAGGGGAAGGCGGGUGAAAACGCGGAGAUGGAAGGCGCGGAGGGUAAGGCGGACGAGAAGACGGAGAUGGGGGCCCAGGCGUUAGCGGCCUCUGCAUGCGCCCUCUGGUGCUACAUGUCGACGGGUGCGUCGGUGCUCGGUGCUGUGGGCGAAGGGAAGGCGGCCGCGAUGGUGGCAGGUGCAGGGGAGGAGAGGGCCGAGCGCUUCAAGAAGGUCAUGCACUUGGUUUUCGACUUUGCAAAAAGUCGGAAGGCUCCCGCGGGGGAGGUUGCACAUAACGUCGCGCCAGAGCUGCAGCGCUAUGGAGUGGCCAGGGCCUUCGAGGCGGGAAUUGAGGAAGUCGAGGCCGACAUGAUCGCAAGAGCGACGGUCGAGACCUUGGCGUUCUGGGGAAUGUGCCCCGUCGCCGGGCCCAAGCUCAAAGCGGAGGGCAUCGAUGUGCCGUGUGACGCGAAGAUGGAGUACGAUCUGGAGCACAGGGGGAGGAAGGGUGAGAAGGUCAAGCAGGGCAAGGGCAGCAAGAGGAAGAAGACGAAGGCGGAGAAGCAGGCGAAGGACAGUACGGAUGCGUAG